GUGAUCCAAAUGGCUUUUCAUCGCCUUCAAAAGGCUUUCAACAAUCUGCUAAAAUCCACUUUCAAAAUGAAAUAACUUUGAGAAGGGGAUUGAACCUCUUCUCCUCACCUUUCAGAGAUAGAAAACCCAUAUGAAAUAACGCCCUAUAUUACCUUCUUUUUUCUCGAGCUUCCAAUUUCUACAGGAAAUUUCUCUGUUUUCACAGCUACAACGAUGAUGGGGCGCUCUGUAUCCUACUUUCCUCGCUGGCCUAGAGGCUUCAGAAAAUUCAGUGGCUUAAUGGUGGAACCCAAAAUUGAGCCAUACUCUGCAUCUUCAAGUAUUCUGGAGGGCAAAACGUUGGAUGAGACUUCUAAAGAUGAGUUGACUGAAAAUGCUUCUGAUAUGUUAGUUGAUUCAUUUGGGAGGUUGCACACUUACUUGAGGAUAUCAUUGACUGAACGUUGUAAUCUGCGGUGUCACUAUUGUAUGCCAGCUGAGGGUGUGGAUCUCACUCCCAGCCCUAAGCUUCUUUCACAGAAUGAAAUUGUGAGAAUUGCCAGUCUGUUUACAAGCUCUGGAGUUGACAAAAUCCGUUUGACCGGAGGAGAGCCAACCAUUAGGAAUGAUAUUGAAGACAUAUGUUUACGCUUGUCAAACUUGAAAGGCCUAAAGAAGCUUGCCAUCACUACCAAUGGAAUAACUCUUGGAAGAAAGCUUCCCAGGCUCAAAGAAUGUGGCCUCACUUCUUUGAAUAUUAGUCUGGACACAUUGGUGCCAGCUAAGUUUGAAUUUAUGACCAGGCGCAAAGGACAUCAAAGGGUUAUCGAAUCUAUUAAUGCUGCCUUAGACCUUGGAUACAAUCCUGUUAAGGUAAAUUGUGUUGUGAUGCGGGGGUUCAACGAUGAUGAGAUUUGUGAUUUCGUGAAACUGACACAAGAAAAGCCAAUCAAUGUUCGAUUCAUUGAGUUCAUGCCUUUUGAUGGAAAUGUUUGGAAUGUGAAAAAACUUGUUCCCUACUCAGAAAUGUUUGAUAGAGUGGUAAGACAGUUUCCAAACAUGAAGAGACUUCAGGAUCACCCAACAGAAACAGCCAAAAAUUUCAGGAUAGAUGGGUAUCAGGGUGCAGUUUCUUUUAUCACAUCAAUGACUCAGCAUUUUUGUGCUGGUUGUAAUAGGUUGCGUCUUUCAGCUGAUGGGAAUUUCAAAGUGUGCCUAUUUGGUCCCUCAGAGGUUAGCUUAAGAGAUCCUCUUCGUCGUGGUGCUGAUGAUCAAGAGCUUAGGGAAAUAAUUGGGGCAGCGGUGAAAAGGAAGAAAGCUUCACAUGCUGGAAUGUUCGACAUUGCAAAGACAGCAAAUAGGCCUAUGAUCCAUAUUGGUGGCUAAUUCGGCAUUCUUGGCAUUAAGUUGGCAACUUAUCACAGAGGUGGAGCUGUUCAUUGUUUGUUUUGUCGAUGUAAACCCCAGGAGGAGGAAGAUUCCUGCGCUUAUUUUGUUACCGAUAAAGUUCCUAUGCUUAAGCAAGCAAGGGGUGUCUGAAUCUCAAGCAUUUGGAUUAUUCACACAAAGAGCUCUUGCUGAUGUUGUUAUGUUGUUUUUUUUUUUUUUUUUUUUUUAAAAGGAAAUCUCUUACUGCUCUUACUCGAAGUUUAUACUGUAGAUGUCUUAGCAUCCCUUCUGUAUUUUCUCCUUCCUUUAUUUCUUCUUCAAGGAAAGAAAGAGAAAAAAUAAUAGCAAAAGAAGAAGACGAGAACAAAAAUGGUAAACUAUUUUCAUAAUAUGGCAAUACUUUCUAUUAAUUUGAAACA